GUUUCAAAUUCUGUCUGUCUGUCUCCGGUGCUCAAUGAUGCUGUACUGUCAAGCAGACCCCAACCUCUGCCCUGUCGGCCAUAUACACCCAUGCCACGUUUCACGAUGCACACACCGAGCGGUCGACAGUAAUGUCCGAAAGAUGAUGCUCUUGCGAGCCUAAAUGAUUGAUUCGGUAUCGUGCUGUUUGAAUUGAUGCCGGCACUCGCGACAAUCGCGUGUGUAAAUGAGCAUGCCACCACCUAACCCAACAUUAUAUUUGAAGAAAAACCAGACGAAGGCCAAAUCAAAUCAAGUCACGCCCAACAGCUGUGCAUCAUGCCAUAUGGAUCAGGUUACACCCUACAUACAUACCCCAUACAGUCCUUCCUUACCUGCGCGUCUACGUAUCGCCCCAGGAUACGACAUAGUCAACCCUCAUAAUUAUCUGAAUAAACGCAUGUAUGUAUGUGUUCAGAUCCCAUCUCUCCCCUCCUUCCCCCAAAAAGGAAGGGAAAGAAAAGAAAAGAAAAGGUCUACGAAUCCCUCCGGCCCGCAACCACAGAGGUCAAAUCAAGUAUCGACAGCAAAGACCAGCAUCCUAUCCCCCCAAGAAACCGCACAGAAAUAGAAAAAAAAAAAAACUUGCUGAUGUGCAUGGCAUUGGCUCCGACA